UUUUUUCAAUUUUAUUCGUUAAGAAAUUCCAUGCAUUUUCUGCCAUGAAACUGAAUUCGUAAAGAUAAGAACACGCACACAGAAAGCUCUAAAAUGAGCUGUUCAUUCACCUUCCAAAUUCCCCAGGCUUUGCCUUCUCUUAGCCAUCCACGACGUACUUCUGUCACAAUCACUUCUCAGCACAGACAGUCCUAUGAUCCUAAGCCUGAAGAGACAGUCAUCACAAGCAUAUUUCAAAACCCAGCUGACUAUUUUCACCUAAAGAAGUCUAGUCUGGCAAUUCAAGUUGGAGCAGUUUUGGCCACUCAGAUUGAGCAGCCUGCAUUUGCUGUCACUGGUGUCAACUUUGAGGAAGAUUUAAUAUGGGUUUUGAUACAAUCGGGAGUUAUUGCCUUCUGGUACUUCCUUCUCAUGCCACCAAUCAUCAUGAACUGGCUUCGGAUAAGGUGGUAUAAGAGAAAUCUCUUAGAGAUGUAUUUGCAGUUCAUGUGUAUCUUCUUGUUCUUCCCAGGUGUACUUCUUUGGGCACCAUUUCUGAACUUCAGGAAGUUCCCAAGGGAUCCAUCCAUGAAGUACCCUUGGUCAACGCCGGAAGAUCCUGACCAAGUUAAAGCUGGGUUUUUAAAAUACCCAUUUGCUGAACCCGAAGAUUAUUCAUGAAAAUGUAAAGACAUCCUAUGACAGGACAUGUACAAUUUAAUAAUCCUAUGCGUGGCAAUGACCAACACAUGUAAACUACUUUGUUAAGGUUUAUAUAUCUAUCUGUGCAUA